GGUGUGGAGAGGGGCGGCGUGGAAGCGAGAAGAGUGGACCGCCCUUUUCUUCCCCUUCUCGGGCUCGGAAAGUGGUUUCUGCGGGGCCCGGGAGUGUCAAGAGUACCGGACCUCGAUCCCCGGGGCGGGGUCCUUGGCGGGGACUGAGCGCCCCCUCCCGGGGACGGGCGGUCUGGCCGCGGAGUCCUUUGCGGGAUCCUGAUUGGCUGAAGACGGUCCCUAACUCCCCCGGGGAGCCUGAUCCCUGGGGGACCCUGGCUUCGGACUCAGCAUCUGUCGUCGCAGGGUCCCUGCCCUAGGGCCCUAUGUCCCUUGCCCGGGGCCAUGGAGACACUGCGGCCACCACGGCGGCGCCUCUGUCUGAAGAAGGGGAAGUGACCUCCGGCCUCCAGGCUCUGGCCGUGGAGGAUACCGGAGGCCCCUCCGCCUCGGCCGCUAAGGCCGAGGACGAGGGAGAAGGAGGCCGAGAGGAGACCGAGCGUGAGGGGUCCGGGGGCGAGGAGGCGCAGGGAGAAGCCCCCAGUGCCAGUGGGGAAGAGCCCACCCAGGGGGACUCCGAGGACUGGUGUGUGCCCUGCAGCGACGAGGAGGUGGAGCUGCCCGCGGAUGGGCAGCCCUGGAUGCCCCAGCCCUCCGAAAUCCAGCGGCUCUAUGAACUGCUGGCUGCCCACGGUACCCUGGAGCUGCAAGCAGAGAUCCUGCCUCGCCGGCCGCCCACGCCCGAGGCCCAGAGCGAAGAAGAGAGAUCCGAUGAGGAGCCGGAGGCCAAAGAAGAGGAAGAGGAAAAACCACACAUGCCCACGGAAUUUGAUUUUGAUGAUGAGCCAGUGACACCAAAGGACUCCCUAAUUGACCGGCGACGCACCCCAGGAAGCUCAGCCCGGAGCCAGAAACGGGAGGCCCGCCUGGACAAGGUGCUCUCGGACAUGAAGCGACACAAGAAGCUGGAGGAGCAGAUCCUUCGUACUGGGAGGGACCUCUUCAGCCUGGACUCGGAAGACCCCAGCCCCACCAGCCCCUCACUCCGAUCCUCAGGGAGCAGCCUCUUCCCUCGGCAGCGGAAAUACUGACUCCUGCUGCUCCUGCCUCUAGGGUGCAGAGUCUGUACCUGCUGGGGCCUGGGCCCUCCUUCCCCAGCCGAGACACUGAGAAACUUGGGAAGAAGAGAGAAACCCCAAGCUCCCAAACAGCACGUUGCAGGAGAGGGAAAGAGGAAGAGAGAGAAAAGAGAGAGAGAGAGAGAGAGAGUGUGUGUGUGUGUAUGUGUGUGUGUGUGUGUGUGAAAGGAAGAGAGUGUGUGUGCGCGUGCGCACGCAUGAGCGCAUGUGCGUGUUUUCUAUUGAACACCUAUUUGGAGACUGGGACUGAAUUUUCUGAGUCUGAAAUAAAAGAUGCAGAGCUAUCAUCUCUUAA